AUGUUUCCUCCCCUCUAUUUUUCGUCAGUUCAGAGGAACAUUGUCCACUCCAGCCGGAGCGUACAACAACUGAAACGUUGUCAGUUCAUUAUCUAUCUAUCUAUCUAUCUAUCUAUCACAGUCUGUUCAUAUCUAUCUAUCUAUCUAUCUAUCUAUCUAUCUAUCUAUCUAUCUAUCUAUCUAUCUAUCUAUCUAUCUCAGUAUGUUCAUAUCUAUCUAUCACAGUAUGUUCAUUAUCUAUCUAUCUAUCUAUCUAUCUAUCUAUCUAUCUAUCACAGUCUGUUCAUAACUAUAUAUCUCUGUUCAUAUCUAUCUAUCUAUCUAUCUAUCUAUCUAUCUAUGUUCAUAUCUAUCUAUCUAUCUAUCUAUCUAUCUAUCUAUCUAUCUAUCUCUGUUCAUAUCUAUCUAUCUAUCUAUCUAUCUAUCUAUCUAUUAGAUCGAUUAAUAAGUAAUUUCCGUUUUAAGAACGCUGUAACGUAUUAUGCUAAUAUUUAG